AUGAGAGUUGCUUCUAUUCUCGUUACCUUACUGACAUUGCUCAUAUGGACAGAAGCAUUACCCAUCUUUGAAACAGCCAAUGACCAUGAUAGAUACGGUCACCAAUGUCCACUGUUUCCGCAAUACAAUGUAGUCUGCCCAGUGCUGUGUGUUACUAGUCAUGACCUUUGUCCACCUGCACUGGCACCCACAUGUCCCAGCGGGCAAGAGUUCUGCCUAGAUGGCACCUGCCAUACCUCUUGCGAUUCAGCAUCGAUCAACAAUGUUUGUUUGUGUAACGACCCAUCAUCAGCACCUGCCAACCUGGUGCCUUGUGCUGCUACCCAAGUGAUCAAUAUUACUCAUUACAAUCCACGUCAAAAAGAGUUGCAGACUCGAAACCUCUGUGCUGCCAAUGCCAACAUACCCAAUGCGCCGUCCACCAUUGGCAUCUGGGGGUUUCCCAACGGGUCCACAUCAGAUCUUGUGUGGGCAGAGUGUCCUGCUGCACCACCCGCAGAGUUUACAUUUAGGGAGCCCAUGUGGAUUACAGUUUGGACGAUUGCUGCUUUAGAGGCAUUCAUCUUGAUCAGCUGGAGGCUAUACAAAUACGCAAGAGAAGUGAAAUUCAAUAAGGAGCAACCGACAGCGAAAAAUGCCACAGCCAGUUCUCUCAGUUCGGAUUCUGCAGCCAUCAAUGAAAAGAUAGCAACACACGCAGGCCUUGAUGCGAACGGCAAUAUUCAAAGCAUGGAGAAGCAACCAGCAUCCACUGAAAUCACUGCUACGACGGAGGAGGAGGUUGUGAUAAACGACGCCAAAGGAGCGAAAAGCGAAAGCACAUCAGAAACUGCAUCACUGAGAGACUCUGAAAGGUUGAGAUUUCGAGGGUUUAAGCGAGAUUACUAUGGCUUGUUGGGAUUUGCAUCGGUUAUCCUAACGACAUUGCUGUUUAUGAUUUUUCUCGGCUGUCUUGUUGGUGAUUACUAUGGAAAAUUGCAUGGUGGAGUCUUGCAUGUAUUCUUAUCGUCGGAUGCUUCGUCGAAAAUCUUCUGUGCCGUGUGGCAUAUCGCUGCUGCUUGGUUUGCUACAGCCAUGCUGUUCAGAAACCGCAUUCAAAAUUACUUUAGAAUUGAAUCACACCCGCACACAUGUCCAUUUGUUCAAGUGGAACGACAGCAAGAUGAAAUUGUGUUCCUGGAAGAUGACAACAAGUGGAUUUCCACCGUCAGAAAACUAGAGCAGCGUGUUACCAAAAAACUGGGAUUGAACAUUGUUGUAGAGACGUGUCCUGUGCACCUUACCUCGAAUGGGUUGCGCUAUUUCGAAUACCAAUGCAUGAGAUAUGUCUACAACCCGUCGAAGCGAAAGUUUGAGCCCUAUGAGUUUGAUCUUGGCUCAACAAAUGCACAACUGAGAAGCUGGUCUGGAGGCAACAGCACUGAAGAAGCCGUGUAUAGGCAAGAGCUAUUGGGGUCAAAUAUCAUCCCAGUCUAUGUGCCAUCGAUUCCGUGGGCUAUCGUACAAGAAUUUAGCUCAUUCUUAUAUCUAUACCAAAUGAUGUGCAUGUGGGUCUGGUAUUAUUUCCAAUACUACCCAAUGGGCCUGGUUCAAACGAGCAUUAUCUUGAUUUCAGCAUUUAUCCGCAUCUUUUUACGGUUGAGAGCCGAAAGCCGCAUCAAAUCGAUGGCAGAAUAUGUCAACAAUGUGUGCGUCUAUCGUGAUGGCGAAUGGGUCAGUAAUAUAUCAAGCGCUCAGCUGGUGCCAGGCGAUGUAUUCCAGAUUGACGAGAAAUCCCAAGUGCCCUGUGAUUGCGUCCUGCUUUCGGGAGCUGUCGUUGUCAAUGAAUCCGCAUUGACCGGUGAAGCAAUGCCGAUACGAAAAAUUGCCUUGCCUGACGAUACGAACGUGUAUGAGAUGGAUGGCUCAGGCAAAAUCAAUACGCUAUACGCUGGAACACUGGUGUCCCAAGUGAUGCCUGCCAUUGCUGAGGAUGGCCAGCAUCAAAAAGUGUGUGCCCUUGUGCUUCGUACUGGUAUAUCAAGCGAAAAGGGCAUGCUAAUUCACAAGAUUCUGUUUCCAUCGCCUGUGAGCUUCAUCUUUGAUGAGCACAUCAAGGUGGCCAUUUGUAUUCUGCUGGUGUGGGGCUUGGUGGCAUUCUGCUUGACACUGUAUCUAAUGGGCCGUGGCAAUAUCACCAGUUGGUACUAUGGCGUGUUUGUUAUGUCUGAAAUCUUCUCCCCUCUGUUGCCUGCUGCUUUCACUAUCAACCAAUCUGUCUGUGCUGCUCGGUUGCGUAAAAAGCACAUUUUAUGUAUUGACCUACCGCGAAUCAAUCUGUCUGGCAAGGUGCGUAUCUUUUGUUUUGACAAAACAGGUACAUUGACCAAAGAAGGACUCGAGUUUUACGGCUCUGUGGCCUCCCCCAUGUUGGACCAACGUACCAUGGACCCUUUGACGAUGGAGCCUUUAUUGGCGAUGGGCAUUGCCACUUGUCACGCAGUAACCAGAGUAGGAGAUCAAUUCAUUGGCAACCCAGUGGACAUCGAAUCUUACCAUGCCAUGCAAUGGGAGCUGAUACCAACCACCAGCCCUGAUUAUCUCGAUAGUCUUAUGCCGCCCAAAGGAUCCAGGAACACCGAUAGCCCGGUGCAUGUCAUUCGUCGGUGUGAAUUUGUCCAUGCCCGUGCAUCGCAAUCAGUUGCCGUUUUAGAUCCAUCCAACAAUCAUGUGCACGUCUACCUCAAGGGCUCUUUUGAGCGGGUAAAAUAUUUAUCUACUGAGGAUUCUAUUCCAAGCAACUAUGAUGCAAUUUCGGCAAAACAUGCGCAAGAGGGGUGUUAUGUACUGGCUCUUGCCCACCGCGAUAUAGGUGAAUUGGGUGUAGACGUAACCAUGGAUCAAGUCAAGACGAUGAGUCGUGAUGAUCUGGAAGUAGGCUGCAACUUUGUUGGUUUUGUGCUGUUUAGAAACAUGCUUAAAGAAGACACUACCGAUGCGAUUGCUCAGCUAAAAGAGGGUGAUGUGAGACCCGUGAUGAUUACUGGUGAUACCGCCCUGACAGGUAUCUUCAUUGCACGUCAAUGUGGCAUGAUCGAACCCGAGCAGACGGUUCUGCUGGGCGAUUUGGUCAAUGGUCAGAUGGUGUGGCAUAAUGUUGAUACGGGUGAGCGAGUGGACAGUGUUGACAUGGCUAUUCAUAACGAUCCAAGACAACAUCACGAAAAGAGGAUCGAAUUAGCUUUGACAGGGAGGGCCUUUGAGUCGCUCACUGCGCAAAACAAGAUGCGUCCGUAUUUACUGCUUACUCGCGUGUUUGCUCGCAUGACUCCAAAUGACAAGGUGCAAUGUGUUCAGUUGCAUAUGGAGAAGGGUGUUACUGCCAUGUGCGGUGAUGGUGGCAAUGAUUGUGGUGCUCUUCGUGCUGCGCAUGUGGGUAUGGCUCUGUCAGAGGCAGAGGCUUCUAUGGUAUCUCCUUUCAGCACAAGCAAUCGGUCCAUUAUGCAGUGUGUAGAGCUACUCAAGCAAGGACGCGCUGCUCUUGCUACUAGUUUCUCUAAUUACAAGUUCUUGAUUUAUUACGGUGAAUCCAUGGCAUUUUGGGAGCUCAUCAUGUUCUAUUUCACCGUCAUUGCCUGUCAACCCAUCUGGAUUACUAUUGAUGGUUUUAUUACGACAACAAUGACAUUUGCCAUCACUCAGGCACAACCUGCAGAGCGCUUGGGUCCCUCUAGGCCGACAGCAAAGCCUUUGGGUGCUUACACGCUGGCAUCUUGUUUAGGUGUAAUUUUUGUCAAUUUUUGGUUCAUGGUGACAAGUGUUGUUUGGCUGUUUCAGCAAGACUGGUUUGUGUGCAAUGAAUUUGAUAGCUCUGCUAUCGAUUCGGCUAAAUGGUGGCUGUUGGGAGACAAUUACGAAGCAGAGAUCAUCUCUCUUGUCGUUCUUUUCCAGUUCUUUAACAGUGCAGCCAUUGUCAACUUUGGUUCAGCAUUCAGACGCUCUUGGUGGAGAAACUAUGUAUUGGUAGUGUUCUACUGCUGCUUCUUUGUACACACGAGUUUCCUCAUUCUGGCAGAUCCCAAUCCAUACAGUUGCAUUUUUCGUGUCAACUGUGGCUCGCCUGAUGUGAUAGAAUCGCUUGGAUACCCCUAUCCAUGGUGGAAGAUUGAGCCCUACAACUCACCUUUGGGCCAUAACGUGCUGCCUAAAUGGUUUCGCUGGGAGCUGUGGGGCUUUGUGCUCGGCAACUGCUUGAUUAACAUCAUCUGGGAACGUGUCAUUGUCUUGUGGUUGGUGAGAAAUUGGACAGUCAAGGCAAACAAAAAGAAGCCAAAGAAGGGAAGAGUCUUGUUGAAACUGUAA